UGAGCAAGCACAUGGCGUAUUCCAUAACCACAGCGUCGCAGGGAGCACGAUGCGACUGUCGUCGCUGCCCGUGAACCCAAACUCCCCCUGAGACAUCCUCAGAAGCUUGAUGAAGACCGCCGUGCCGAGGUGAGAAGCUGUGCAUGCACCUGUCUGGUUGUCUCAGUGUGGCAAGCUCGCUGGAAAGGCUGAUUUGAUCUCUCCAGUCACCCCAGUAUGGCAGCACACUAUGAUGUCCAAGCAUACCCAAAGACUACAGCGCUAGUUCUGUCCAACAAGUGGCAGACUGAUGACCCCAGACAAAUCAAAUCAAGAUCACAUUGCACUCUUGCAGUUAGCAUUGCAUGUUCUGUGCGCAUGGCCAUGUCCCUUGCCAAACUGUCAGGAUAGCUGCACCUAACUGACUUGUUCACUUUUCUUUCUCCCUCGCCCCUAUAAAUACAUCAGAUUAGCACCACCACCAGCACAUCAGUUCAUCCAGAAACCAAAGCAACAUUACCACACCUAGCCAAGAAAGAAAUACAAGGAGGAGGAAAAGAAACAUGGUUAGUGCCAAGAGACUUGCUCAGAUGGCAAAGAAGUGGCAGAGGAUGGCGGCCAUGGGGAGGAAGAGGCUCACCCGAAGCACGACAGCGCCGAAAGGAGCAGCCAAUGGCGAGUGCUGCGCGACGUCGCCGUCGGUGGCGAUGAAGGGCCACUGCAUGGUGUACACCAUAGAUGGGGCACGGUUCGAGGUGCCGCUGGCAUACCUCGGCACGUCGAUCUUAAGCGAGCUCCUGACGAUGUCCCACGAGGAGUUCGGCUUUGCAGGCGGCGAUGACGGGAGGAUCGUCCUACCCUGCGACGCCGCGGUCAUGGAGUACGCCAUGUGCUUGCUCCGGAGAGAUGCCUCCACGGAAGUCGUGAAGGCAUUCAUGAGCUCCGUCCCAAGGCCGUGCAGUUUUGAAGGCAGUGUGGUUGGCGUAGGGAUUAACCAGCAAGUAGCUGUUUGUUAGCUUCUGAAGAAUGGCAUGCAGCUGUAGAGGAGCCCUACUCUGUUCAUCUCUGUUCAUUGCCUGAUGUUAAUAUACAGUAGCAAGCUCUAGAUUGGACAACGAAAUUUAUGAAGAUUACCAUGGAUAUAUAGAAAAUAAAUUAAUCAAACAUA